ACGAUUACUCGUACUAUGACAUGCAGCCCGAAUAGAAACUCAAGUAGCAGCAGUCGCCUUUUUUUGUGGGUACAUCUCAUCGCAUAUUGCGAUACUUAUCUAAAAGAUAGAAGAGGUGGUAUUCUUCGAACUGUCGCGAGUCUUGCAGCUUCGACUCAGUUGAGCUCAUACGUUACAUUCAGCAAGACGACAAGAGCCAGUCGGCCAGACGCGGAUCCGUUAUUACUUCGAGCUCAAAUCAGCGAAGAUAUGGAUACGUGUUUGUCGACGUCUUGCGCUGCGGCAGCCUCUGGCUCAUCGGCGUCCAUCUUCAGCCAAUUGAUUCAAACUCUCCUCGUAGCCCAAUGCUCCAUAGCCUCCGAGCAAUCGUAUCCAGCCGAUCGCACCGACGAGGUCCUCGACAAUCCCAAUUUUGAUUUCAUCGUCGUAGGGGGUGGCACGGCGGGAUCCGUAGUAGCAAGUCGUCUGUCGGAAGUAGCCGACUGGCGCGUUCUCCUCAUCGAGGCCGGUGCCGAUCCUUCACCCAACAGCGAUAUUCCGGCGCUUCUCCUGAUGCUGCAGAAUUCAGCCGAGGACUACCAGUACCUGGUCGAGCCAGACGAUAACUUCUGCCAGGGUCUGAAAGACCAACGCUGUGUUUGGGCAAAAGGUAAAGCCCUCGGCGGUAGCAGCGUUAUCAAUGCCAUGAUCCACAUACGGGGCAACGAUCGCGACUUCGACAGCUGGGCGGAACUGGGCAACGCCGGCUGGAGCUACCAGGACGUUCUGCCCUACUUUCACAAGUCUGAAAACUAUCACCCGGACGUCGUGGCAAAACACGGAGCGAAGAUGUUUGGCACUGGUGGCCCGUUGACUAUUCGGCCUUACAAUUAUUCGGAGGGCGCUUUACACGAUGUCUUUUUGGCAGCGGCUGCCGACCUGGGAAUACCAAUCAUCGAAGCGCCCUACAAUGAACAGUACAUCGGUUACGUAAAGAGCUACGGUACCCUUGACAACGGCGCUAGGCAGAACGCCGCUAAGGCCUACCUCAAACCUGCCGCGGACAGAAGCAAUCUGUACAUUAUGAAAUCGGCAAGGGUGGAUGCCGUAACUUUGGACGGACGAAGAGCCACCGGCGUGAAGGUCACGCUAAAGGAUGGUCGGAAGGUAGAGCUUUCCGCAGCCAAGGAAGUAGUGCUCUCGGCUGGAAGCAUCGCCACGCCACAGAUUCUGAUGUUGUCCGGAGUUGGCCCACGGGAACAUCUCGAGUCGAAAGGGAUCGACGUAGUGGCCGAUUUGCCAGUGGGUCAAAAUCUGCAAGACCACAUGAUCUGGGUUGGUCUUCAAUUGACCUACGUUAACGAGACGGCAAAGGCUCCUCCACUCACAUUCAUGCUCGAUUGGGCCUACGACUAUUUGUUGAACCGCAAGGGCGAGCUGGCCUCGACUGGUGGCAUCGAUUUGAUCGGCUUCAUCAACACCCGUGGCCCGGACUCUAAGUACCCCAACGUCGAGUUUUUCCACACGCUGAUACCGCGGUACCAGCGCUUUAAGAUUGAAGCGAUGGCCAAUGCGUUCGAUUUGUCAGAAGACCUCGUCAAGGAUUUGCUCAGGCAGAACGAGGAGGGCGAGAUCAUCUUCGUUGCUCCGACGCUGCUAAAGCCAAAAAGUAAAGGCCAGCUAAAGCUGAGGAGUGCCAAGCCAGAGGAUCAGAUCGAGAUUCACGCCAACUACUUGGCGGAUCCGGAUGACGUGGAGGUGUUCAUAGAGUCGCUGGACUUCGUUCGCUCGCUUUUGGAUUCCAAGACCUUCAAGGAUCUGGGCAUGCAGUUGCGCAGAUUCGAAAUCCCCGGCUGUGGCGAGUACGCAACGGAUUCGCGGGAGUAUUGGGAGUGUAACUUGAGACACACGGCUGGAACCGUCUACCAUCCAGUAGGAACUUGCAAAAUGGGACCGGCUGGUAACAAGGACUCGGUGGUCGACUCAAGCCUCAAAGUGCACGGACUCAAGAAUCUGCGAGUUGUCGACGCGUCGAUCAUGCCGACGAUCACCAGUGGAAACACGAACGCGCCUACUCUGAUGAUCGCGGAGAAGGCUGCUGAUCUUAUCAAGAAAGAGUGGAGCGUGAAGACAGAGUUAUAAAUUUCCUUUCCGCUUUUUUCGAUUAUGAUACCAUUAUGCGUAACGUAGUUACAUCAGUUUUUUCUUUGAACGCGACUGAAAUAAUUUGUUAUGUGGAUUAUGAAAAGAAGCACCACUUUUACAUUUUGCAUUGCAAAUAACUUUGCAAAUAAAAAAUAGUACAUAAUACUAUGUAAUUCUGAUAUUGUUAAUAAAUAUGCAUCGAGAGACGUUGACAAAAACGAUCUUUUAAAUCAA